CCAGCGCAAACGACUGACCGACCGACCGCGCGGCGGUGCCGAGCUCAGCUUGUGGGCAAAAUAGCCGGCUCGCGCGCGGCUGUUCCCUUCCCUGUGCCUGUGCGAUCGCAUCCGCAGCACGCGACCCGGCGGCGGCUGGCGGGCGGGCGGGCGGUGGGGGCGCGUUCCCGAACCGAGCGUCGCUCAUGGCGCCGAGAGAGGCCGACGCGCCUGGCGGCGGAAGGACGGUGAAGCUCAAGGACCUUGUCCCGGCGGCGACCAACACCGUGAACACGACGUUCAUCGUGCUCGACAAGGCUGCGGCGACGCCCCGGCCGCCCCACCCCCACGCCCAGGCCCGCGACGGGGGGCGAGGCGGGGAGGAGACGUGCCUGGCGCUGGUGGCGGACGAGACCGCGGCGGCGCACUUCCUGCUUUGGGGCGGCGAGUGCGGUGCCUUCGAGCCGGGCGACAUCGUGCGGCUGACGGGCGGCAUCUUCUCGUACCACAGGGGAAACAACCUCGUGCUGCGGGCGGGGAGGCGCGGCCGCGCGGAGAAGGUGGGCGAGUUCACCAUGCUCUUCGUGGAGACACCCAACAUGAGCGAGGUCCGGUGGGGGCGCGACCCCGCUGACCCCAGGCGGAUGGUGCAGGAGGCCGUCAUGUCGCCGUACUCCCAAGUCUUCAAGCCACCGCGAUGAUCUCACGCUUGCAGCUCCUGGCCUUGCCGUUCUUGUCAGUGU